UGCCAAUUUGUCUAUGAUAAAAAUUCACAAAGGCAUGACGGCUGUUACCUUUUUGUGAAGAAAUCCAAAAUUAUUAAUAAAUCGAAGAGCACACGGUUUUUAACACCUGCUCCGUGUUUUUUUUGUGAUAAGUUACUCAUUUCCCUUACGGCAUGAUGGUGGAAGGGUCAGCGUUUACACGGAACGAUGUGUUCCAAAUGGCAAUACGAGUUGCUUUUGUGUCGGCUGUGACUUAUUUUUCAAUAAAAUGGCUCGUGAACCAGAUAGACCCAACGUCCAAGAGUCGAAAGAAGGCUGAGGAGCGAGCCCGCGAACAGUUACGCAAGAUGUCUUGCAGAGCGGGGCUCGGCAACAAGCACUCCAUCGCGUUGGACAAGCUCACCGACCAUGAGAUGAUCAUCGCUUCACAGCUGGUCGUGCCGGAUGAAAUCAGUGUGAACUGGAAGGACAUAGCUGGCCUCGACCAACUGAUCCAGGAAUUGAGGGAGACUGUCAUCCUGCCGAUCCAGAAACGCGAGCUCUUCGCUGACAGCAGGCUGACGCAGCCACCCAAAGGCGUGCUUCUGCAUGGUCCCCCAGGGUGCGGUAAAACCCUGAUAGCUAAAGCGACGGCGAAGGAAGCGAACAUGAGCUUCAUUAAUCUGGACGUAUCGCUAUUGACGGACAAGUGGUACGGUGAGACACAAAAGUUGGCAGCCGCUGUGUUUAGCCUGGCGGUCAAGCUGCAACCUUGCAUCGUCUUCAUAGACGAGAUCGAGUCAUUCCUGCGUACGCGCACGCAACACGACCACGAGGCGACCGCCAUGAUGAAGACGCAGUUUAUGUCACUGUGGGACGGCCUCAUCACCGAACCGACCUGUACUGUAAUUAUAAUGGGUGCUACAAAUCGUCCCCAAGACUUGGAUAAGGCGAUCCAACGUCGAAUGCCGGCCACAUUCCACGUCCCAAUGCCGAGUGAGAGUCAACGCGAGAGGAUCUUGCAGCUCAUUCUGCGCUCUGAACCUGUCGCCCCUGACAUUGAUUUCAAGCGGCUAGCGGCUUCCACCGAAGGCUUUUCUGGAUCUGAUCUGCAUGAGCUAUGCAGACAGGCUGCCGUGUACAGAGUCAGGGAUCUCGCCAGAGAUGAGAUGAGCAAGGAAAUGAACGAGAGUACCACCGAUGUUGGAAAGUCAGGAUCUGAUUCUGACGAAGAAUAUGUAGAUGCGGUCCGUCCGAUAACGAUGGAUGACCUUCGUCUCUCACUUAGCAAGCUCAAGGAGUCUAAGAUCCAAUGCGGCACACUCGCACCUUCUAUGCGGAUAGAACUCGACUAGUUGAAACACUAUCUAGCGGUCUAACUGACGGUACUUAGUAUAACUUGGAAUUGUGACUCAUAUAGGUACAUUAUUUAAAGAAUUCGCUAAACUGAUGGCGCCACUGUCGCUUUUGGCACUGCAUUUAGGUGACGUUUUUUAUUUCUUUGUUAAACUCAGUCAAAUUUUAGUCUCAAAUAGCGUCGAACACGUAGGCGCUAGUUUAAUCCCUAGAUCAAAGUUGAAUAUGCAUAAUAUAAUUAUUGAUUCAUUACAUAAUGUGUCUAUAACCCCGGAAGGUGGAUGAGGAUCGGUACAGCCGAUAAUUCUCUAUGUGUGUAUAUUAUGGGGAUAAUCUUAAAGGCAUGAUGGUGAUUUUACAUCACUUGUAAAAUGACGAUUGAGAAUUAUAGUGGUUCGUUUUCUAUCCACAUUCGAUGCAGAGCCGGUCCUUAUUAACUUUUGGUGCGAUCGCAUUGACAUAGGACCGGCCCCGCUAAAUAGUUCGGAUAACUUCAAAACUUUACUUAAAUAAAAAAUUGUGCUAUUUAUUCAACUAACGUUAUUUUUGGGAAGUGUUUUUGUUGGAACAUUGAAUUGUGUGUUAUUUAGCCUUAUUACUCUAUAAAUCAUUGUCAGCUUAUGAGAUAAAAGAAGUAUUUGAUUCUUAUUGUUGUCUCUUUUACACUCUUGCGUGAUUAUGAUGAGUGACAGAGAUAAACAGUUUACAAGUUAAAUAUCCUUGUCUCAACCUUAAUUUAAAUAAUACAUGAAUACAGUUACAAUAUAUGUGUAUGCAUAAAUCAGUACCUGAAACUAACCGACCAAGUAAUUGUUGAAUUUCGUCUUUAUUGCGUUGGUCAUAAGUUUUACAAUCAAUUGUCUUGAAGAUCGCUAGAAGAUUACUUAGAUGAGAUCGACCUAGGUCUAUGGCUGUGCCUAGGUAGGUUCUAGUCUUUUUUAAGGGGGGUGUGAUGACUAAUUGGAGUGGUUAGAUUGAUGUAAAAAUGUCGGCAAAGCUUGCAUAUACGUAUUGAAAUGUGAUAUAAAAGUAACUAUUAAGAAUUUCGGCGUGGUCCCUGAGUUUAUGGUUUAAAUUUG